AAGCUGGUUGAUUUUAGUGGCUCCUACCCAGUAUAUAGGUAUAUACAUAUAUAUAAAUAUUUAUUAUAGAUGUGUGUGUGUAACCUUCAGUUGAGGCAGUUUUAAUUUUUCAGGGACGACUCAUAUAUCCCAUACACAAGUUAUGUUUAGAGGCGGUUAACGUAACUACAAAUUGGUAAAUUAUUUGGCGUGGAAUGUGGUGCAGUGCGGUCGGUGGUUCUGUGUGUGGUGUUAGUGGUAUUUAACCCAUUCAUGAUGUCACUCAACAAUAAGUCACUGACAGACGAUAGAUCAACAUCAUCAUCCAAAUCGACGACAAUUAUCAAAUAUGAGAAAUCAUCGUGUCUCUUUUGCAAUGAGUGGUUCGAUGCCCAAACUUUUACGGAGCACCUGAUCCAUUGCGGACAGGUGUUGGAAGAGUGUCCAAAUAGUUGUAAUGUGUUUAUACCGCGCAUCCGAAUGAGAUCACAUCUCAAGGAGUGUCCAAGGAACAAGCUGAACCUUCAGCAGAGGAUGAGCGCCAGCAUGGAACGCUUGGACCAGCAUGCGGAUCAUCGUGUCCAGGUGCUGGAACAGGAUAUAUCAACCAUAAGAUCGGUACUCAAUGAGGAGAUACGACAACGAUUGCAUCUCAUCACCGACGUGGGCAACAUACGGAAGCAUAACCAGGUGGUGGAGGAUUGGACACGGGACACCGAUGAGAGCAUCAAUGAGCUGCGCCGCCAGCUAGAGGAGGAGGGUGCUCAACGGGUAUUUGCCACGGAACAAAAUCAAGUGGACACCCAAUACUGUUGCAAUAUAACUCAGUCCCUGAAGGAUCAGGUGGAACUCAAGCUGGACGAUAUGCAACAACACAUUAAUCAACUCUCUGCCGAUGUGAGUUACCAUCAGAAUCAAUUGAAUGAUAAUAUCAUCAAAUUGGAGGAACUUGUCUUUGAAAAUGAACGAUUGAAUCGCGAUAAGUUUGUACAAAUCGAGCAGUUCCUGCAAGAGAUCAAUGAUGAUAUCAAAACGAAAUUGGGCACAAGCAGCGAUUUUGCGACCUCAAAACAGGCAACACUAGACUACGAGGUUAAGAACGUGAAAAGCAUUGUCUGCGAAACGGUGGAAAGGAUCGACAAAAUGAAUGUUAUUGUACAAGAUCUGGAUAAGUCUCUGCAUCAAACCAUGCAGAAUAUAUCCGAUAUUGAGAAUCAGCUGGCAAUGCAACAAAGGAUCGCAAGUGUGCAAAAUAUUCGAGGUCAUUUAAUUUGGCGCAUCAAGGACUAUUCAAAGAAGCUGGAGGAGGCCAAGCAAUACGAUACCAUACUUCAUAGCGCCAUGUUCUCCAAUAAGGCAUUCGGAUAUGCCUUGAGGCUGGACAUAUAUUUAAAUGGUAAGGGCACGUGGAAGGGUCGCAAUUUGAUUGCCUGCCUGAAUGUUCUAUCUGGCGAAUACGAUCCACUUCUGAAUUGGCCCUGUCGCCUUCAGGCCGAGAUUAUUAUAAGGGAUCAGUGCAGCAUACCGCUCGAAUCCCAGGACUACGUAAAAACCAUCUAUGUGCGAAAGAAGAGUGACGAUUACAUACAGAGCAAUCAGUAUUUCCAUAUACCCCACAAAGUUAUAACCAGUCGCAAUUAUCUGCGGAACGAUUCCCUAUUUGUUGAGGUUAAAGUAAUAAAAUAAGUGAUAGUUAACUACAUUGGUUAGAGUGAGACAAGCAUAUGCAUGCUUUGCCGAUUUUAAUAACUAUAAUUUAAAGUCGCCUUUUCUUCCGAUAAUUAACAUACUUGAUUUUGUUCGUUCAGCUUAAAGUUGGCUUAAAGAAUUUAACAGACAAUUUAACUACAUGUUACAUGGCAGUGUAACCACCUGGCCAUAAAUUUUCCAAAGUAAAUGCAAUCCAACAGAUUAUUAACUUUAUUAUAUUCAUGCUAACGUUAACCUUCUUUUUAGUUAGAUCGAUAUAAAUUUUAUCCUCUUACAGACAAUUUAACUACAAGUUGAAUGUAAAUAGUAUUGCUAAAUUUUACUAAAAUCCAGACCAAAUAAUACGAAAUGAGUUGCCAUUUAAA